AUGUGUGACCAAAACAACCAAGAUGGUUCCUGUAAAGACAACAAUCAACAGGAAGACCCUGCUUCCAGACCUGAGCAGCAGUUACCCAUGAGAGACAUCUACUGCAUUCUGCAUGAAGAAUAUAAUCCAAGCAUGUCAUCCGCAUCAGAUUUUCUUCUUGCCAUGAUAGAAUCCCUCACUGACUACAUCUUGACACUGGUAGGCUCUGAGGGCAACAACAACACCGGGAUGCCCACCAACCCACAAGAUGGAGAGAGAGAAGCAGAAAGCAACUGUGAGGGUCCUCCUAUCAUCCUGGACAUGUCCUUCUCUUUCUCAGAUGAGAUGCCUGGGCCCAGGAAGAACGGCUGA